AUGCAGCAGGGCGCGAGGGUGGUGGGUGCUGCCCGGCGGGCAGAGCCCAGCUCUUUCGUACUGUCUCCCUCCCUCCAGGCCCAGGGCCCCGGCCAGUGCCCAGCCCUGCUGGGAGCCCCGGCCAGCACCACGGACGGCACCCAGGAAGCCCGAGUCCCCCUGGACGGGGCCUUCUGGAUUCCGAGGCCCCCCGCAGGCUCGCCCAAGGGCUGCUUCGCCUGCGUGUCCAAACCCCCGGCACUGCAGGCGCCAGCGGCCCCUGAGCCCUCGGCCUCACCCCCCAUGGCGCCCACUCUGUUCCCCAUGGAGUCCAAGAGCAGCAAGACAGACAGUGUGCGGGCUGCCGGCGCCCCCCCAGCCUGCAAGCACUUGGCCGAGAAGAAGACCAUGACAAACCCCACGACGGUCAUCGAGGUCUACCCAGACACCACUGAGGUGAACGACUACUACCUGUGGUCCAUCUUCAACUUUGUCUACCUCAACUUCUGCUGCCUGGGCUUCAUCGCCUUGGCCUACUCCCUCAAGGUUCGGGACAAGAAGCUCCUCAAUGACCUGAACGGAGCAGUGGAGGAUGCCAAGACAGCCCGGCUGUUCAACAUCACCAGCUCCGCCCUGGCCGCUUCCUGCAUCAUCCUCGUCUUCAUCUUCCUGCGGUACCCACUCACUGACUACUGAGGCCUGGUGCCUCCCCUGGCCGUGGAGACAGGAGCUGAGACAGGUUUACUUCUGUGAUCGCUGAAACGCAGGAUGCUGGGAGGUUGGGCAGAGCAGGGCUCCUGCCCUGGGCUCCCCAGGCUAUGACCCAGCCACAAGCCAUCAGAAGAUGUGCACGGCAGGUGGCAGCGAGCUUCGCCCAGCCCAGCCCCCCACCCCGUGUGUCUCCAGGCCACAAGUGUCCUCCUGAGCUGCUGCUCCCUGGCUUUCAGCCGCUGCCCCCGGCCCUCACGUGCCCUUCCCAGCCUCCUGGGGCCCCUCAGACCUGACAGCCAGCAGAAGGGCUUUGUGGGAGCUUGCCAGGAUGGGGCUGCCAGCCUCUGGGGACUCACUCUGUCCUCCCUGACCCCUGCCUCCCCCAGACCGUGCCCUUGCUCAAGAGCUCUUAUAUCUGCGACCUUUCAAUAAAAUGUCUGCCCAGCCUUCUGUCCCAUGCCCCAGGCAGGGCACGAUGGGACAGUUGGGAGCCUCCUUCGGGCACCACCUGCUGGUCUGGCCCCCGA